AUGGCCACAGUUGAGGUUAAACCAUCAAGGAGUGAAACAGGGAGAGAAGGUAGAGAGAGAAACAUUGAUCAGCAAUGGGUUCGUUGUCAGCACAGCGCGGUGAAAGCUCCGGGUGCCUAUAAGCACUACAAACCGUGUUCGGGUUCGUCGAAUCACAACCAGAAAAGGAACUGUGCUGAUGCGGAGGCGGCGUCGGUGUCGGAGAGGAUUCAGCGCUCUUACCGAAGAACUGGGAGCUCUAGCCCGACGCCGAGGCUGUGGGGGAAGGAAAUGGAGACGAGGCUGAAGGGGCUUGCGAGCGGCGAAGCCACGCCGGCUUCUGGUAGUGGCCGAACCGAGUCGGUAGUGUUCAUGGAGGAAGAUGAACCUAAGGAAUGGGUUGCGCAGGUGGAGCCUGGUGUUCGUAUCACUGUUGUUUCUCUACCGCAGGGUGGGAAUGAUCUGAAGCGGAUUCGAUUCAGUCGUGAGGAAACAAAGAAAGAAGAUUUUCUGGUAUGUGUUGAAAAAAAAACUCCAGCGGGCAGCGAAGGCAAGGUUGCCGGCCGGCUGCCCGCCGGAAAAAAAAGGGUAUAGGCCUAAAUCUUAUGGCUCUGAUACCAUGUAAAAUAAUGAUGUAUUAUUGAUUGAUAUU